AUGCUGGGGGCCGAGUCAAAUAAGAAACAUGAGCCAUUUUACCUUCGAUAUUAUUCUGGCCAUAGGGGCAGAUUCGGGAAAGAAUUCAUCGAGUUUGACAUCAGCGUGGAGCCAGGGCAUGAAUGGGGUACCAUGCGGUACGUUAACAGCUCGAACUACAGAAGAGAUGAGUUGAUUAGAAAGAAAGUUACCAUCUCGAAAACCGUGGUCAAACAGAUCAAAAUAAUGAUCAAAGAGUGUGAGGUGAUGAAGGAGAAAGAUUCACAAUGGCCUCCGCCGGGAUCUAGCGGGGGAAUUGAGGAGUUAGAAAUCAGGAUGGGGCCAGAAAAGAUUGUAUUUGAGACAAAGCAGAUCCAGACAUUAUCAGAUAUCCAGAAAAGCCUGGAUCCUGAAGGGUUGAGGGUGUUUUACUAUUUUGUGACUGAUGUCAAGGCGUUGGUUUAUCUGAUGAUGGGUUUACACUACAAGAUCCGGCCAUUUUAG